CUUUCUUUUGAUGAGAUACCUGUGUUUCGAAAUCGAACUACAAUUUCCUAUCGACAACAGCUGUUUUCAUUAGGCGGGGGGGUUUGAUUUGGGACACUGUACUUGUUUCAUUUCAUGUGUCUCCCCUUCCCUUCUUCUGGUCCCACCAUUUUCUUUCUCUUUCUUUCGUCUCUCUCUCUCUCUCUGUAAAUUGACAGCAUAAUCAACAGCCUGGAAAGAGCUGUUUGUUGGAGUUGCACUGAAAAAGCACCCAACUGAUUGGUGUUCAAUGGUGGCAUUGAUGUAAUCUUGAGCUGGGUUUGGGUUUGGGUUUGGGUUUGGGUUUUCCUCUCUCUCUCUCUCUCUCUGCUUCAUACGAAUACCCAUUUCAAUCUACGGCUUAUACCAAGCAUUCUGCGCUCUUUCUGUUUGAGAAUUGGAGGCAGUGGGGGCAUUGGGGAGUUGAUGAUAUCUUCCUUUUUGAGAUAGCCUAAAAUGGUGAAGAUGAAACUGGUAAAGUGGGUACCUCUGGUUGUAGCUGUUGUCCUCUUUGUUUCUAUGUUUCAUGAAUCAUCUGCCUUAUUCACCCCUGUUGAUAACUACUUGAUUGCAUGUGGAUCUUCACAAAAUGUUACCUUCUUAGGUCAGACUUAUAUGCCUGAAUCAGUGCAAUCUUCAAUGGCAUUGAAAACCCUAGGCAAUUCUAUUGUUGUUACCUCCAAUUCUAGUGUCCCUUUUCCAGUCUGUCAAUCUGCUCGAAUUUUUCCAAGCACCGGGUCUUACAAAUUCGAUAUCAAUCAACAAGGUAGGCACUGGGUCCGCCUCUAUUUUUGCCCUCUUCCAAACUCGGGCCAGAACUUAACUUCUGCUUCCAUAACUGUAAUCACUGAAAAUUUUGUGCUCUUGAACAACUUCACUUUCAAGAACUAUAACGGUUCUUAUUUGUUUAAGGAGUUUGCAGUCAAUGUGACUUCGGAUAACUUGAUCCUUACUUUCAUUCCAUCAAACAACUCAGUUGCAUUUGUCAACGCGAUUGAAGUUGUCUCUAUCCCAGAUGAGUUGAUCCCUGAUCAGGCACUAGCUGUAUCCCCAUCUGCUCCUUUUAGUGGCCUUUCAGAGCAUGCCCUUGAAACUGUUUACCGAUUGAACAUGGGCGGUCCGUUGCUCACUCCUCAGAAUGAUACUCUGGGAAGAACUUGGGAAAAUGAUGCCAAAUACCUUCACGUGAACGGCUCUGCUGUGAAUUAUUCAGUUAGUCCUGCGGACAUAAGGUACAAAAGUGCAGUCACUCCUGAGGUGGCACCAAAUUGGGUUUAUGCCACCGCUGAAACCAUGGGGGAUUCGAAUGUACCUAAUGGAAACUUCAACAUAACUUGGGUCUUCCCUGUUGAUCCAAAUUUCACCUAUUUCAUCCGGACCCAUUUCUGUGAUAUUGUGAGCAAGUCUCUGAACAGUCUUGUGUUCAACGUAUACAUAAACUCUGAUAUUGCUUUUCCGAGUAUGGAUCUAUCUUCAUUAACGAGUGAUUUGAGCGUGCCUUACUACAAAGAUUUUGUUUCCAAUGCUUCCUCUAAUUCAAAUACUUUGACCAUUAGUGUUGGUCCAGAUUCAGAGGCUGACAUCCCAGAUGCAAUUAUGAAUGGUUUGGAAAUCAUGAAGGUUAGUAACGAAGCCAGAAGUUUAGAUGGGUUCUUACCUGUUGAGAUUCUCCGCCCUGUAUCACCCUCAACAAAGAGCAAGAUAGGCAUUAUAAUCGGUUCCAUUGCCGGAGCUUUAGCUGCUGUGGCACUUGUCGGUUUGUGUUGUUGUUGCUUGGUGUCCCAAAGAUCAAAGACUGCUCACCAGGGGCAUACAUGGCUUCCUCUACCCUUAUAUGGAAACUCUCUAACCAUGACAAAAAUGUCAACAACUUCUCAGAAGAGUGGAACAGCAAGCUGUAUCUCAUUAACUUCAUCUAAUCUUGGCCGGUUCUUCACAUUCCAAGAAAUUAUGGAUGCGACAAACAAAUUCGAUGAGAGCUUGCUUCUUGGCGUUGGCGGUUUUGGUAGAGUCUACAAAGGGACCCUAGAAGAUGGGACUAAAGUGGCAGUGAAGCGAGGAAACCCAAGAUCCGAACAAGGUCUUGCGGAAUUCCGAACCGAGAUCGAAAUGCUGUCCAAGCUCCGACACCGUCACUUGGUUUCUCUUAUUGGGUAUUGUGAUGAACGAUCGGAAAUGAUAUUGGUUUACGAGUAUAUGGCGAAUGGGCCUCUCAGAAGCCAUCUUUAUGGAACAGAUCUCCCAUCUCUCUCAUGGAAGCAACGGCUUGAGAUUUGCAUCGGGGCUGCUAGGGGGCUUCAUUAUCUCCACACGGGGGCUGCUCAAAGUAUAAUUCACCGAGACGUGAAGACAACAAACAUACUCUUGGAUGAGAAUUUUGUGGCCAAAGUUGCUGAUUUUGGUCUGUCUAAAACAGGUCCAGCUCUAGAUCAGACACAUGUAAGUACUGCGGUGAAAGGUAGUUUCGGAUACCUCGACCCUGAAUACUUCAGAAGACAGCAACUGACUGAGAAAUCCGAUGUGUAUUCAUUUGGGGUGGUUCUAAUGGAAGUUCUCUGCACAAGACCGGCUUUGAACCCUGUUCUUCCGAGAGAACAAGUUAAUAUUGCGGAAUGGGCAAUGAGUUGGCAAAAGAAAGGGAUGUUGGAUCAAAUCAUGGACUCAAAUUUAGCAGGGAAAGUAAAUCCGGCUUCGCUUAAGAAAUUUGGAGAGACAGCUGAGAAUUGUUUGGCUGAGCACGGAGUGGACAGGCCAUCAAUGGGGGAUGUUCUGUGGAACCUAGAGUAUGCUCUCCAACUCGAGGAGACAUCAUCAGCUCUCAUGGAACCCGAAGAUAACAGCACGAAUCAUAUCCCGGGAAUUCCAUUGACUCCACUCGAACCAUUCGACAACAGUGUCAGUAUGGUUGAUGGGGUGAAUUCUGGCACUGAUGAUGAUGCUGAAGAUGCUGCCACGAGUGCUGUUUUUUCCCAGCUGGUAAAUCCUCGUGGUAGAUGAGAAAUAUAAUUCCACGUCUUUGUGAUCUCAUCUCAGCCAUGGAAUGUCCUGCAAAAAGUUAGGUUGUCCUGGCCUCGAUUGGAUAUCUCCCAAGUAAGGGAACGUUAUUCUUAUAAAUUUGUUAGGUCUAUUUAUUCUGUUUUUGUUUUGUUUUGUUUUGUUUUUUUUUUUUUUGUGGGGUGAUAAUAUGAUCGAGUAUGUAUUAUAAUUGAUUGCUGGAAGCCAAUGGAUCCAACAAGCUCGGCAUAACUGUUUCAAUUUUAAUGAAAUUUAAGUGAUAGCUUCUCAUGUUCCAUGCUAUCUUUACAUAGUUCCAAA